GGAUUGCCAGGUAUCAUUUGCAUAGCAGAUGACAUUGUUGUCUACGGUCAGGACGACAAGACACAUGACCAGAAUUUAAUUCAAAUGAUGGAACGCACCAAGGAGCGAGGACUGUCACUGAACUCUGACAAAUGCCACAUCAGGCAAUCCAGCAUCGGUUUCUAUGGACACAUUCUAACCAGUGAAGGGAUUAAGCCAGACCCAUCAAAGGUUUCUGCUAUCAAGGACAUGAAAGCUCCACAGAACAUUACACAGUUACAAUCUUUCCUCUCAUCAGUGAAAUAUCUGGGCUCGUUCACCCCAGACCUCUCAAACCUCUGCGCACCGCUCAACAAACUCACUCGAAAGGACACAGACUUCCAGUGGGGACCUGAGCAACAAACAGCCUUCGAAACCAUCAAAGAGUCAAUUGCCUCAAUCACAGUACUUGCRUACUUUGAUUCAAAGAAACCAGUGAGAAUUCAAUGUGAUGCAUCYAUGGAAGGUCUUGGUGCUGUCCUGUACCAGAACGACAAACCAGUUGUAGUUGCAAGCAAGACAUUGACAAGCACUGAACAGAACUAUUCAAACAUCGAAAGAGAAAUGCUUGCUAUUGUCUUCUCACUAACACGGUUCCACCACUACACAUACGGACGUCAUGUGACAGUUGAAUCUGAUCACAAACCCCUCGAAUCUAUUACAAAGAAGYCAGUCUCAUCAGCCAGCCCACGAAUCAAACGUAUGUUAUUAAAGACUCAACCCUACGACUACACAGUCAACUAUGUUCCUKGCAAGAAAAUACCUGUCCCAGACAUGCUCUCCAGAUCACCACUCCCAGGGCCAGAAAUACCUAAUCUCGAUGUGAGCAUCGGAUCACUUGCUCACAUGACAACUAGUCGUCUGGAGAAGGUCAAAGCGGCAACGCUUCUUGACCCAUUACUUCAAAAGCUCACUCGUCAGGUCAUGAUUGGUUGGCCCGAGCACCGACAAAAUUGUGAAUCUAGCCUUCACCAAUUUUGGAACUUUCGUGAUGAAAUUUCAAUAAUUGAUGGCAUUCUCAUGAAAGGUGAUCGUAUAAUCAUACCUGAAACAUGUCAAGAAGAAAUUCUUCGUCAGAUUCACACUGGACAUCAAGGCAUUGAGAAAUGCAGGCUCCGUGCCAGACGAGCCGUCUACUGGUGUAAAAUCGACAAAGAUAUUGAGGAUAUCGUCAAGAGAUGCCCUACAUGCCAACACCACCAAGUCUCCAACUCGAAAGAGACUAUCAUUCAACAAGAAGCUCUCAGACCAUGGGAAGUUGUUUCAACAGACUUGUUCUACUGGAACAAUGCAAAUUACUUGUUAACCAUUGACAACUUCUCUUCAUAUUUUGUUCUGAGAAAAUUAUCAUCAACUCGCUCAUCAGAUGUGAUCAACAAGCUCAAAGUUAUAUUCUCAGAGUUUGGCAUACCACGCAAGGUUAUAAGCGACAAUGGACCACAAUACUCUUCGCAAGAGUUUGCUAACUUCAGUACCGAAUANGGAUUUGAACAUUCAACAAGCAGUCCGCACUAUCACCAAGCAAAUGGCAAAGUUGAACGUUUUGUUGCCACUGUAAAGAACACUCUACAAAAAUGUAAUGAAACAAAAGAAGACCCAGCGAUGGCACUCCUAGCUGUUCGUAACACUCCAAUUGCCUCCAAUCUACCUUCGCCAGCACAACUCAUGUUUCAACGCAAAAUUGAUGAUGGACUUCUAUUAAAAUCUUCUACUCAUGACAACUCAUCUGAAGUUCUCACUCAACACAGGCAACGCCAUAUCCAACAAUACAACAGCAAAGCACAUGACAAGCCAGACCUUGAAAUUGGCCAAAGUGUUCGCAUACAAAACCCUACUACCAAACUAUGGGACCCAGCUAUUGUCACACAAAAGCUAUUAGAGCCAAGAUCUUAUGAAGUGGAAGCCAGCAAUGGAGCAACUUAUCGCCGUAACAGAAGGCACAUAAACACUACAGGAGAAGUCUUUACAAAGAAGGAACCACCGACAGAUGAUACACAAGAACCAACACCAGAUGCCAAGCCCAUUGUAUCUACUCAAGAUGUUCCACCUGGAGCCACUAUUACCCGAUCAGGACGCAUUAGCAAACCACCAAAAAAACUUGAUUGUUGA